AUGAAUAAAUUGGUUGCAGUUCAGAGAGUGCCUCGUGCUCUCUACAGCACUGAGAUUACUCAAGAUUUCUUAAAGGAUCUAUUAGAUAGAGCCAAAAAAGCUACUACUUUACGAAGUACUACACCAACUAAGCAUGUAAAUAAUUCUAAUAAACAAUUUACCAAGGGGCUAAAACACGGCAAAAAGAAAUUUACUGCUCCAAAGAGGUCAAGACAAAAUUUUAAAAACAAUAAUAACAAUAUUAAAAAUACUAAUUUAGACUUUCAUCCUAUGACUUCUAAAGUAACUAAAGAGACAAUUUCGACUAAUUUACCCAAACAACCACAAUUUCAAAAGACUAGUAGACAGAUUGAAGGCAUGGAUACCGACUUACUUGAUGUGCUAGAUAAUACAGAAAAGGGUAAAAUUUCUUCAACGACACCUACGGAAGAAAAGUUAAAAUUACAAUCUAACAGAAACAGAAACUCUAACAAUAGAAAUAAAAAUAAAAACAGAAAUAGAAAUACAAAUAAAUUUGACCAGCCUUCUGGGUUUAUAUAUAGAAAACCCAUCUCUCCAACAUUGAAUAAAAGUUUGGUUAAAUCACAGACUGUUCCUAAAACUUUUCAAUUAAAUCCAAUCAAUCCAAAUAGUUUGUUCAAAUUCUAUCCAUCCUUAAAUGUUAGUACAAAGACAAGAUGGAUUAACUUCAUCUUGAAUUCAAUGAAUGAAGCUAAUUUCCCAUUGUAUCGUGAACCAAAUAUCUCAUACGCUAAACUAAUUAAAGAUCAAAUCGAGGGACCAAUUAAACCAAAUCACAUCUUUACUGUAAAGACACCAGGCUUUGGUAAAUAUAUUUAUGAGAAUUCAUAUUCGGUUAAAUUAGAAAGAGAACCCCAAGUGGAAAAUAUAAAUGUCACUCUUAACAAAGAUAAAUUCAGUGAAAUAGUUCUAGGGAAAUACGAGUCGAUAGCAACUGAAAUAGAUUCCUCUUUUGAUAAUCAUGAGACAAGAGUGAAAUUAAGUUUACAACAAUGUGCAGGCUUAUCAAAUACUGAUAAAAAAUGGUUAUAUGAAGUUUGCUCUGGUUCUAUUCCAUUGACUCAAAUUAGUAAAUGA